AUGGCUCCGACGUUGGAUAUUACCUUCAUUGGCACCGCUACUGCCAUCCUCGAGAUCAAUGGGGUUAACAUGCUUACCGACCCUUUCUUCUCUCCGGCUGGUUCGUCCUGGCCUGUUACCGAGACAAUAAGCCUCUCUGUGUCAGAUGACCCUGCGCUUCGCCUUGAUCAAUUACCUGUGAUUGAUGCCAUCCUCCUGAGCCAUGAAGACCACAUUGAUAACCUGGAUGAUCUCGGUCGCCGCCUCCUGGAUGGUCGCCGUGUGUUCACUACCGUCGACGGCGCUAAGAACUUGGCUCCGCGCCCUGCAGUUCAUGGAUUGAGGCCUUGGGAAACGAUUGAGACUGUGAUCGCUGGGAAGAAAUUUCAGAUUGUCGGGACUCCAACACAGCAUCUCCCCGGAGGCGAGUGCACCGGCUUCAUCAUAACCGGCGAGGACUUCGGACACGGCCGCAAUAACCUUCCCAAUGCAAUCUAUUUCUCCGGCGACACAGUUUACAUCGAGGAACUGAAACAAUUAGCCGACCAGUACCAUAUCCGCGCCGCAAUCCUGAACUUGGGCAAUGCACAUGGACCCAGCGACCGUAACGAUCCGACUUCCCCCCUGAUCCAGAUUACUAUGGAUGGCCGAUCAGCUGCUCGAUUGUGUCGCGAAAUUCAGGCGGACACCUUGGUCCCCAUGCACUAUGAGUCGUGGGGUCAUUUUACACAGUUCGGGACGGAGUUGCGCCAAGCGUUUGAGGAGGAGGGUAUCAAUGACAAGGUGUGCUGGUUGAAGCCCGGAGAGCGAGUAUCAGUUUUGCAGUGA